AUGGCUACCAAAAUCGCUCCGCCUUCUACUAAAUACUGCAUCAUCUCGUUUCCAUCUCCGGGCAUACUCCUUGUUCUAAUCAACCGGCCGAGAAGCCUCAAUGCCCUGAACAUCGAGGCAAGUUAUGAACUAGACGCCGUGUUCCGGUGGUUCGAUGAGGAGCCCAGCUGUCGUGUGGCAGUAUUGAGUGGCGUUGGGAAGGCGUUCUGCACGGGAGCCGAUUUGAAAGAAUGGAUGGCCAACAACAAAUCCGGCAUCCGCAUGACCUUUCCUCCGGCCGGCUUCGGCGGCAUCUCCCUCCGCCAGGGCAAGAAACCCAUCAUUGCCGCCGUUAACGGCCCUGCGUACGGUGGCGGAUGUGAGAUGGUUGUCAACUGCGACCUGGUCAUCGCCGACGCCGACGCCACCUUCUCCCUUCCCGAGGUGCGCCGCGGCGUGACGCCUUUCGGGGGUGCACUACCCCGACUCGUACGCACGGUGGGGAGGCAGCGGGCGACAGAUAUGGCGCUGACCGGGAGGAUCGUCUCGGCCGAGGAAUUCAAGGAUUGGGGUGUGUGCAAUUGCGUGGUGCCCCGCGGGCAGAGCGUGGAUAAGGCUCUAGAAUAUGCGCGUAAGAUUUCAGGAAAUAGCCCCGAUGCAGUAAUCAUUACGCGAGAAGGGUUGAAGAUGGGGUGGGAGGCUUUAGGAGUGUCUGAUGGAAACCGACUGUUUGCCGAUGGGUGGAGUAAUCGGAUCUACGAUGGCCCCAACAUGCAGGAGGGGUUGGAUGCAUUCACAGAGAAGAGGGAGCCACGGUGGAAGGAUAGCAAGCUAUAG